AUGGAAGGUUUAUUGAAUUGUCAAAGAGACAAUUUUAAUAGAAUAUCAAAGGCACAAAUUAACUUUAAAAAAUCUCCGAAAGACCGAAUAACGGAGUCAUAUGUAGAAACUAAACUGGAUAAUAUAGAACAGUUGUGGGUUGAGUUUCUCACUACACAUCAGCAAAUACUUAAGGAUUAUAAGUGGGAAGAUGUACAACGUACUUUUUAUGUUAAAGAUGAAAUAUAUGACAAAACUGAAGAAAUAUUUUCUGAUUAUAAAAGCACACUUAAAAGAUAUUUAAAAAGUUUUAAUGAAAAUAAAAUUAGUAGUGGUGAUAAAGAUUCUGGUUCUUCUAAAGCAGGCAAUGGGUCCUCUUCUGCGGUAAAACUUCCGAAAAUAAUUAUUCCGCAAUUUUCAGGAAAAUAUACGGAGUGGUAUUCCUUCAGGGAUUUGUUUAUUUCUUUGGUUCAUUCUAAUAAUUCAAUAGAUGAUGUACAGAAGUUACAUUAUUUAAAGGGGCAUUUGACCGGAGAAGCGGAGCAAUUAAUUAGACAUGUUCCGAUUACUUCUGCAAACUAUAUACAGUGUUGGCAACAGUUAGAGAAUAGGUACAAUAACAAGCGAUAUUUGGCAAAUUGUAUUUUAAAAAGAUUGUUUAGCCAAAGAUCAUUAGGUAAUGAAUCCGCAUCAGUUUUAAAAGAAUUACUAGAUACUACAACUGAUUGUAUACACGCGUUAAAAAAUUUGAAUAUAGAUGUUAGCACAUGGGAUAUUAUUAUAAUACACAUUAUAAAUUAUAAACUAGAUCAGGAAACACGCAAACAAUGGGAAUUGAAAAUAUCAGCUGAGAAUUCAAAUGAACUACCCACUUUCAAUCAAUUUUCAGAAUUUCUUCAAAGUAGAUUUCGGGCUUUAGAAUGUAUAGAACCAAAACAGCGAUCUUCAAUUCCUAGUAGCGGGUCUUAUCCUAAAACUAAAACUUGUAUGCACGUGGCUAAAAUAAAUUGUGAAUUCUGUUCGGAAACGCAUAAAUUAUGUUUCUGCAAAAAAUUCGCAAAAUUAGAUUAUACUCACCGUUAUGAAUUUGUAGCUAAAAAUAGUUUGUGUUUCAAUUGUCUUGGAGGCAACCACUCUGCCAAGUUCUGCCAGAGUACUACUAUUUGUAAAGUUUGUAAACGUAGGCAUCACUCUCUCUUGCAUCCACAGAAAAGGGACCAUUUAGAAAUUUCAGGUUCUGGUAAUUCAACAAAUAAAGUCGAAAGUAAAGAUAAAAAAGUAGAUAUAGAUAGUGGGGAAACAUCUAGUAAUAUAGUUUCAUGUUUUUCUGCUGGUCAAACUGCAGUUCAUAGUCAAGUAUUGCUUGCCACCGCACUCGUUCAAGCUGAUACUCAAAACGGGGAGAGUCGGGUUAUAAGGGCGUUACUGGAUCAAGGUUCACAAGCAUCCUUCAUCACAGAAGCGACUGCUCAAUAUUUGGGGGUAAAGAAAAUUCCAGUACAGGGAACGAUAUCUGGUCUAGAAGGAAAUAAAAAUGUAACUGCCAAGUAUAUGGUCCAGCUGAAGAUACGCUCACGCAUCAAACCUGAAAUAAUUAUUAUGGUGCAAGCAUAUGUACUGAAAACAAUUACUACUUUUCUACCAAAUAAGAAAGUAGUUGAAUUGGACUGGUUGGAUUUAAAUGAAAUACAACUUGCAGAUCCUCAAUAUCACACUCCAAACAAAAUCCAUAUUUUGUUGGGAGCUGAGAUAUAUGGACAGAUUAUUGAAGAUGGGGUUAAAAGAGGACCUCAUGGUACACUAGUGGCACAAGCUACGUCGCUAGGAUGGAUACUUUCUGGUACAAUAAAAGAAGCAUCAUUUAGAUCAGUAACUAAUGUUACAGCCUUGCAUUUAUGUACGCAUGAGAAUGAUUACCUUAAAAAAUUUUGGGAAAUUGAAAGUGAUCCUUAUUCUUUAAAACGAAUCUUGACAGAAGAAGAAAUACUCUGUGAACAACUAUAUAAAGAAACUACAAAACGAGACAGUGAGGGACGAUAUAUUGUCAAACUCCCAUUUAAGUCUGAAAAUCUGCAAUAUAUUAACGGAAACUCGAGAGAUAUAGCUACAAAACGAUUGAAGAGAUUAAUGGUGAAAUUAAAUAGAGAUGAGACACUGAAAGAAAAGUAUACAGAGAUUAUAAAAGAGUAUUUACAUCUAGAGCACAUGGAAAGGAUACCAGAAACAGAAAAAGAAAAUAGAUUAAGUUUCUACUUACCUCAUCAUGCAGUGAUAAAUAAUGCCAAAGAUACAACAAAGGUUCGCGUAGUAUUCGAUGCUUCUGCAAAAAAUGAAUAUGGUGUAUCAUUAAACGAGUUAUUAAUGAUAGGGCCAACACUUCAGCCAGAGUUGCGCCAUUUAAUCAUGCGGUGGAGAAUAUAUAAGAUAUGUUUAGCUGCUGAUAUCAACAAAAUGUAUCGGCAAAUUAAGGUGUACGAACAAGAUGCAGAAUUUCAGCGAGUACUAUGGAGAGAUAAUGAAAAUGGAACAAUUGAAGAUUAUAGAUUAAAAAGACUUACCUUUGGUACGGCUGCUGCUCCUUAUCUAGCUGUAAGGACACUGCAACAAGUUGCAUUAGAUGAAGGCGAUAAUUAUCCAAGUGUAGUUCAAAGAGUAAAAAACGACUUCUACAUGGAUGAUCUUCUGACAGGCUGUGAUACUGUUGAAGAAGGUGUUAUUAUUUAUCAAGAAAUGAAUCAACUAUUACAAAAAGGUGGAUUUCAACUGCAAAAAUGGAUGACUAACAGUGAAGAUUUGUUAAAUGAAAUAAAGCAGGGAAAUGAACAUGCACAGGAAGGGUUGAAGAUAAAGUUAGAUGAAGUAGUUAAACUUUUAGGACUUACCUGGAAUCGUUCAGCAGAUACCUUUCAAUAUUCGGUGAAUCUUCCUCCGGUGUCUGGACCUGUAACAAAAAGAAAGAUUAUCUCAGAAAUAGCAAGAUUAUUUGAUCCGCUGGGUUGGGCAGCCCCUAGCGUGAUUAUAGCAAAGGUAUUAAUUCAGAAGCUUUGGAUCUUGGGAAUAGAUUGGGAUGAUGAAGUUCCAAAUAAUAUAAUUAAUGAGUGGCAUACUUACCGCACAGGCUUGUCGGAGCUAACAAAAAUUAACAUACCGAGAUGGUUCGGAACUAAAUUCACAUCUUCACGAGUCGAGUUACAUGGCUUCUCAGAUGCGUCGAAGAUAGCAUAUUCAGCAGCCGUUUAUAUACGAUUAACAGACGAACGUGGUAAUAUCCAUGUCACUUUGGUUUCUGCUAAGACCAAAGUCGCGCCAAUCAAACAAAUUUCAGUCCCUAGAUUGGAAUUGUGUGGUGCCGUAUUGGUGACACGUCUUUUGGUCGAGGUAGCUGAAGUUUUAGGCAUCCCUAAAAAAGACAUUCGAGCCUGGACUGACUCUACGGUGGUUUUAGCGUGGCUUAAUAGCCAUCCAAGUAAAUGGCAAACCUUUGUUGCCAAUAGAGUGUCCGAGAUCCUGUCAACUUUAGAUUCUCAACAAUGGGCACAUAUAACAUCAGGACAGAAUCCUGCCGAUUGUGCAUCCCGAGGUGUUAGUCCAUCAGAUCUAUGGCAAAAUACAACGUGGUUUAACGGACCGGAGUUUUUACAUAAACAUGAGGUGCAUUACAAUAAACCAAAGGAUAUUGCAACACAUUUAGAAGAAAGUAAAGUACACCUAACAGUCACUGAAACUACACUUUGGGAUCGAUACAAUUCAUUGACAAGAUUAAUUCGAGUAAUAUCAUACUGUAAACGUUUUUUAAAUCUACGUACCGGACAACAGCGACAGAGUACUACUUUUCUUUCAACACAGGAAUUGGCGGGUGCUUUAAAAACUUGCAUAAAAAUUUGCCAAAAACAAAAUUUCCAUGAAGAAAUAGCUCAGAUUAAUAAAAAUAUAGAGUACAGUACAGUUAAGGGUCCGCUGAAAUCGUUAAAUCCGUUUAUUGAUAGUUCUGGAGUUUUACGAGUAGGUGGGCGACUUGAAAAAUCACAACUCAAUUUAGAUGCUAAACACCCUAUAUUAUUGCCAAAAAAUUCACCAUUUACAAAACUUAUUAUUGCUGAUGCGCAUACGAAAACUUUGCAUGGAGGACCACAACUUAUGUUGUCCUUUAUUGGGACUAAAUAUUAUAUUUUGAGUGCGAAAUAUUUAGUUAAAGCCUAUGUUCGCAAGUGUGUUAAAUGUAUUCGCUACUCUGCAACUACUUCUACUCAAUUAAUGGGUCAAUUACCUACAGCUAGAGUAUCUCCAGGAAGACCCUUUCAGUGUAGUGGUGUUGACUAUGCAGGUCCUGUGAAUGUUAAAACUACAAAGGGUCGCGGUUAUCAUUCUACAAAAGGAUAUAUUUGUCUAUUCAUAUGUAUGGCCACUAAGGCGAUACAUCUUGAGUUGGUUGGAGACCUUACCACACAAGGGUUUUUGGCGGCUUUUAGACGUUUUGUUGCUCGCAGAGGUUUAUGUACAGAUAUUUGGAGCGAUAAUGGAACAAAUUUUGUUGGCGCCUCGCGCGAAUUACGAACUUUGUUCGCUUCUGAGAAUAAAAAAAUUUCAACAGAGGUAGCCGAAAUUCUAGCCACACAAGGUACUACGUGGCAUUUUAUACCACCACGCUCUCCUAAUUUUGGAGGGUUAUGGGAAGCCGGGAUAAAAUCUACCAAAUUUCAUCUAAGGCGAAUAGUUGGAGAUUUAAUUUUAACUUACGAGGAAUUGUCCACAACUUUAGCACAAAUAGAAGCGUGCUUAAAUUCACGUCCACUAUCCAGAAUAGACUCAGAACAGGAUACAAUAAAUGUUUUGACACCAGGGCAUUUCCUCAUCGGAGGACCAUUACUAGCUCCUACAGAUUACAACUUUGAAAGGUCCAACAUAUCUAAUCUUCGUAGGUGGCAGUUGGUUCAAAGAUUGACGCAAGAUUUUUGGAGGCGUUGGUCUCAAGAAUACCUUACACGGUUUCUUCAUCGGUAUAGGUGGUCACAUCAAAAACCAGAACCUGACGUUGGGGAUGUAGUUUUAGUAAAAGAAGACGACUUACCUCCUUGUCGAUGGUUGCUCGGGAGAGUGGUUGCUAAACAUCCAGGCAUGGAUAACAUCACUCGGGUAGUUACUAUUAGGAAUCAGAAUUCACUAAUUAAACGCCCCACUUCAAAGUUAUGUGUACUACCUAUUACAGAGUAA